AUGAAAGAUGAAAUUGCUGCCACAGUCUUCUUCAUCACAAGGCUUGUGAAAAAGCAAGACAAGCUGAGCAAACAUAAAAUGGAGCUAUUUGCAGCUAAACUGACAACGAUACUGUUUGAAAAGUAUAAGAACCAUUGGUACUUAGACAAUCCAUCCAAGGGACAAGCCUUCAGGUGUAUAAGGAUAAACAAACACCAGAAGAGAGAUCCAUUGCUGGAACAAGCUUGUGUGGAGAGUAAUGUGGACUUUAAUACGCUUGGCUUGCCAAAAGAGAUGACGCUAUGGGUUGAUCCAUUUGAAGUGUGUUGCAGAUAUGGUGAGAAGAACCGGCCCUUCACAAUUGCUCACUUUGAAGGAGAGGAGAACAGAGAGCUUCCUCACCAGAUAAACUAUGCUGUUGAUAGAGCAGCACUGGACUAUCAUUCUGGCACCUCCUCAGAUGAGGAGAACUUCAACAAGGAGCCAAAAGCUAUCCCUACUGUCAGCAACCCUAACAGUGUCUACCAGUUCAAUGACUACUGCAAGCCGCCCAUACAGACCUGGUCUCAGUAUCUUCAUAGGAAGACAUACAUGACUGAUAGACUUUCUCAGACAGGUUCAUACUAUGCCCAGCACAGGGUUUACAAAGUCUACAGGCCAACAAUUGCUUUCACAGGACCGCGUGUUGAUAGAUACCAUUGGAUCAAUACCAAGCGGUAG